AUGACUUCUUUUAAAUAUAUUACUCUCUUUAUUGUUGUUACUGCGUCUGCGGCUACCGUGGACGACGUCCUUCGCGACAUCAACGGCAUUUACAACAACGCUGGGGAUCUAAAUGACGAGGUCAAGAAUUGGGAUGGCCAGCUCCUAACUGCGGCUCCCCAGCUUGUAUCCCUUUCUCUUACACAGCAGGCUUUAGAUUCUGGUGUUAAGCAUACAGACGAGCUUCCUGCCCUCCUAACAACCGCAGAGGCGAAGAGAAUUCUGGACUUGGUCAAUGUCACGCUAUACGUCGGAAACCCCAUUACUGUCGAUACCGUCAUAAGCAGAAAGUCUGACUAUGCCAAGAUCGGUCAAGAGAGUAUUAUUCUUGAGGGUCUAAAGAAAUUGAGAACAGGGCACGGUCAUUUUGCUGGAAAUGUCCUUAACCGUCUUCCUGAGGAAUGCACUGAAACAGGCUUAAAGCUCACAUAUCACAUCUCCGAGGCUCUUCGCAAAGGUAUCCUUGCCUUUGAGAGCUAACCGAGCCUCUAUGCUCUGCGGCACAAUAGGCUUCAUGGGAUGACAUAUAUUUUUACCCAACUACGGCUACGCUCGAUACUCAUAAUGCGAAUGAGCCGAGUAGCGAAACUGAGAAUGUCUCCCUUGUCUGAUGUCGUUAAAUUUGAUACUUCCUCUCGAUUCAUAAUAGCAA